AUGUCAAAUUUGUUGCAUAGAGUUUCACAUCAUGAUAUAAAAAAAGUAGCAACAUUAGUAAAAUCAAAAACAUACUCUCAUGAUUUGACAAAACUAGAUAGACGUUUAACACGUCAAUCAACUAUUCCUUCGUUUGGUCAUGCAGCAGAAUUUGAUUAUAAACGUGAUACAAAAUAUUUAUGCAAAAAAUUGAAGCACUGCAUAGCAGCACAUACGUUGGAUUUAGAUUUUAUUCUUCAUUUUCUGUCAUCAUAUACAUGUGAACAACGUAUUAUCCUUGUUCGUGAUCUUGAAUUUGAAUAUGAAUAUAAAUUAAUUGAUAUGGUACUUGAAAGACCUGAAUCUCCAAUGCGUUCAUGUACAUUAGCAAUGUUAGUUGAACCAAUUGAAUUAUAUGUACGUGAUUUUCGUGAUUUAUUAACAUUGAAACAGUUAAAACAAACUAAUUAUGAUAUAGCAAGAAAAUUAGUUGAAAUUUUAUUACCAUUAGAUAAUGAAGAUAUACAAAAAUUUAAAGAAACAUAUGAAAAUUUAUUUGAAAGUCCUGUACAAAAUGAUAUUGAUAUUGUUGAAGGUAUUGAAAAUCUAAUAGCAAAUUUACUUAAACAAUUACUCCAAGGUAAACGUUAUGAAGAAUGUGGUCAUUCAACAACAGUAGCUAAAAAUAUAGCGAAAAAAUUAUAUGAAGCUGGUGAAGGUACACCUGGUAUUGAUUAUGAUACAUUUAUAAAAAUUUUUACACGUGAUACUUUUGCACAAUUAUCAGCUAUAUUUGAUGCAUAUGAAGAUAAAUAUGGACGACCAAUACAAGAUGCUAUUGAACGUGAAUUUCAUGGUAAAAUUGAAACUGAAUGUUUUCAAGAUAUAGUUGAAUAUGUACGAUCACCAAGUAUUUAUCAUGCUAAAAUACUUCGACAAGCAUUAGAUAAAACACCAAUUGAUUAUUUAACUUUAAUACGUACUAUAAUUGGUCAUCAAGAUAAAGAUUUACAUGAAAUUUGUUUGGAAUAUUCAAAAGUUUAUGAUGAAACACUUGAUCAAACAAUUAAAAAUCGUAUUGAUAUUAUGGAAAUAAAACGUUUAUUUGUUCUUAUUAUUACAGAUGGACAUGAUAUAACAACAAGUGAAUUUGAUCAAGUUCGAUUCGAUCAAUCACAUAGUACUGGUUCAACUAGUCCAGGAACAGUUUCAACAACAACUUCAACGGCAAAUGCUAAUGGAAUGAAAAGAAAUCGAUCACAGGAAGCAUUCGACAAAUUUGUCAAUGUUUUUAAAACAAUGCGACCUCAUUGA